AAUGUCCGAUUCAUCAGACGCAGAAAACGAAGUCGUCGAGAAAACUUUGAAAAAUGUGGAAUUCAUACAAACUAUGAUAGAUAGCACUGCCAAACUGCUACUAGGUUUACGAAACGAAUGCGCAGCCACUAAUGAUUUAACACAGAAUGAAAUUAGAGAGCAAGAAAGCAAGUUGCUGAAGCUUUUCAGCAAGCAGUUAGUACAGACAGCAAAGGUUGAUCCAGAGAACACUCAGGAAAAAUUGUCUGGCUAUCCUAAAACUGACCAAUGGCUGACGGUGGUGGGUCUCCCAGAAAAUGCUGUACAGGAAAUCCUGAAGAGGGAUAUCAAGCUGGGAAUGUUACUGCAGAUGUCGGAGGAUGAGGUACAAAGUUUGCUUCAACGAUUUAACACUGCAGAGGAGGACAUUACCAAGCUCAACACAGCCCUUAGAAACCUCAAAUUAUGGACAGGGCGUGAGCAGCAUGGAGGUCUGGCUGAUAGCGAUAUUGAGCUUCACUGGACACAGUACCGGUCACCUUCCAGUAGCCCAUACAACAGUUCCCCAAACAACCCCUCAUCAGGUCGUCCCUCCACUUCAUCUGAGACUUCUCAACUCCUCCCCACUCCACCUCACAGCACACCCUCAUCGCCAUCACCGGUCCACCAAGAACGACAGUAUAGAAUUACUCCUCCAGCCACACCCCCUACAGUGCGACCAAUACAGCAUAACACAAAUUCACUGAUCCCCAGUACCCCACCCAGCAGGAUCAAAGUCAAAAGUCCCCCCACCACCGUCCCCAUGACAACAAGCAAGUCCUACACCAAUCUACAUACCAACCUCCACAUCAAAGUGGUGGAUGUGGAUGGAAUCAACAAAUUUAACAAACACUUAAUUACUAGACCGUCCCAUCCGCCCUUGAUUAAGUCCUAUUCGGAAGAGCGAAGGAAAAGGCCAGAUCUGACGCUGGACAACACACAUGUGGUUAGAAGGCCGUCCAAUGAGGACCCCCACCCAUCACCCUCACAAACUUCUCCCUCAUAUCUAGACAAUAACCUCAGUAUUCCUCGGUCUCCUAAAUUUGUUCACAGAUUUAAAAAAGGCUACAUAAUGAGUGGUACAUGUGAAGUCUGUUCAAAGCAGAUUUACUUCAUGGGAAAGACGUGUAAAAUUUGCAAGUUUAAAUGUCACCGAGACUGUACAAGUCGUGCCCCGUCACAAUGUUUACCAGAUUUCUAUUCCUUAGACCAUAAACACAGAGACGGUUCACCCAGUCCAAGUGCAGAAAGAAAUGGCAUUCAUUUAAAACCCCAUAAGAACAGUUCAGCUCCCGCUUUCCAUAAUACAGAUUCCGGCUCCAAUCCAUCGUCAUGUAAUUCUUCCACCCCCUCCUCCCCCGCAACCAUGAGGUAUACACCCUCCCCUGCUAACACACAGGACUCUACAACUUUUGUUUAUCCAGAGAUUGUAAAAUCCAGUGCUGAUGGUGAAGUCUUCGUAGGAAAAGAUUCUUCAGUGUCCAGUAGUAGGUCAGUGUCCAGCAUAAAAGAUGUCGUUGGUACCAAUACAUCAGAUGAUAGCAACAAAACAUUAGUUGAUAGUAAUGCAUCAGAGAAGACUUUAGAGAGGGAGGAUUCUAUGGAUAGUCAAGAUGGCAUUAUUCACCACUGGGAUCGUGGCAACAGUCUUUCUGUAACGUUAAAAGAAUGGGAUAUUCCAUUUGAGCAGUUAAAAUUAAUGGAAAAAAUUGGAACAGGUCGAUUUGGAACAGUAUACAAGGGUACAUGGCAUGGUCAAGUAGCCAUUAAAAUGUUACAUAUGGAUCCUGACUCGGACAACAACCAAGCUCAGCUCUCAGCAUUCAAACUUGAGGUGGCUAUGUUGAAGAACACAAGGCAUGAGAACCUUCUACUGUUUAUGGGUGCUUGUAUGAAACCCCCUCAGCUUGCCAUAGUAACCAGUUACUGUAGUGGUCAAACUCUUUAUUCAUAUGUCCGGACUAAUGCUCGGGAAAAAUUCAACAUGAACAAAACGAUUCUGAUAGCUCAACAAAUAGCACAGGGCAUGGGUUAUCUACAUGCAAGAGGAAUAAUCCAUAAGGACUUAAAAACAAAGAAUAUUUUCUUAGAGAAUGGCAAAGUUGUGAUUACAGACUUUGGAUUAUUUAGUGUCACCAAAAUAUGCCAUGGCAACAGAAAGGGUGACUGCUUACACAUUUCCCCUGGCUGGUUGUGCUAUCUUUCCCCAGAGGUCAUCAGAUGUCUUCACUCGGGGAGAUCCAAAGUUGACCUACCAUUUUCAGAAAAGUCUGAUGUUUAUGCAUUUGGAACAAUUUGGUAUGAAUUGCUGGUAGGUGAUUGGCCUUUCAGAAACUUAGCACCAGAGUGCAUCAUUUGGCAAGUAGGAAGGGGGAUCAAACAAUCUCUUGGGAGUGUAAUGGCAUCAAAAGAGGUCAAGGAUGUUCUGAUGAUCUGCUGGACGUAUCAGCCAGAUGACCGACCACAUUUUAAACAUCUCCUGAAGGCAGUGGAGAGACUUCCUAAAAAGCGCCUAGUCAGGAGCCCCUCUCAUCCAGUCCACCUGUCUCGAAGCGUGGAUUCUGUGUUCACGGCCUAAACACUCAUCUGGAACCAUGUCUUUCUUGUAGGAUAACUGUGAUAAUUAAUAUCUUGACACAGUUUAGUAGUAAUACAGGUCAUCAGGUUAAAAAAAAGCAGUGGAGGAAUUCCAGUAGACUUAAUCAAUGAAGACAAUUGUUUAUGGUCUAACGGAGAUUCACAACUAUCUACCACAGUUUAAAUUGUUCAGAAUAAAAAAUUCUGGUACCCCAUCUUAAUAUGACCAAAUUUAUUUCUCUCCCAUUGUGGUCUGUAGUCAUGCCUGAUGUUCCAUAGAGACAAAGAAUGUGAAUCAAGCACAGGUUUUAGGGACAUGACAGAUUUGGACUCCUAAGUGCUUUUAUUUUGUGCAUGUUCAAUGAUUGUUAUUUAUUUAACUUCAUGCUUUUCACCCUCAUCUGAUUCCAUUCCAGACCUGUGUGAGAAAAGUGUGCAUUUUACAUGUGAAAAAUGCUCAAAGUAAAUAUAACUGAGAUGUUGAAUUCAAUUUUAAUGAAAUAAUGUUUUAAGGUUUCACUGUUUAAUUCUGUCCUAAUUAAGUUUUUUCCCCCAACUCCUUUCAUUGUUGCUGUAUUUUUGAAACUUUGUUAUAUAUUUAAUAUGUAAAACAAAAUUUUAGUUUUUAUUUUUCAAUCUCAAAAUAUUGAUUAAUUUUGUAUUUAUUAUGACAAGGAUGAACAUGUGGAAGUGGGAGAGAAUGAAAGUGCUUUACAAUGACAUUCCUAACUUUUCAUGUGACACUGCUUUUCCAAAGAGCGUGUCUGCAGAACAUUCAAAACCUUUAUGCAAAUGUGAUAUAUUUCGCGCCAUGACCAUUAGUUAGCAAUGUAUAGGUUUGAGGAGUUGUAGAUAAUUAUGAAUGACUUCACAAUGUGCAUUUUUAUCAUUUUCAAAUAGACUUACCAUUCACUAUUCUCUAUGGUCAGUAGUCUUAUAAAAAUCACCAUGGAAACAUUUUUAUAUUAUUAUAUGUAGACACUGGAUAUAGCAUAAUGACUGUGUUAUUAUUUAUUACCAUAUAGUUUAUUAUUUGUACAUAUCAUUUUUUUUUUAUUUUUUAUCCUCAGAUAAAUGUAUUUUAAUUUCUGUUUUUUAAAACAAAUUCAAAUAUUGACUGCAAAAUUCAGUGAGUCAUUUUAUUCAUUACCAUUCUUGAUAAAACAGAGUACAAAAGUUCAAUAUUCACCCCAAUAAACCUUUUGGGUUGUAAAAAAUUGGAAUCGGGGCUUACUUGAUCUGCCUGUAUCAAUAAGCAUGACUUGUCUGUAAGGGGGUUGAAUUAAGCAUAUAAAAUGUGCAUUUAAAAAAAAGGGGGGGAAGUAAUAUGCAAUGUGUUCUCUAUGAUUCAAUUAAAUUCUUUUAGUUUAUGUUAAUAUUUUCAGCUUAGC